AUGGCUGCAAACAUCCCCGCGGACGGCACUGCCACCCCGGCUGCCGGCCCCGGCUCGGCCCCGGCCGAUGACCUGCGGAAGUUGUCCCUCGCAACCCGUUCUGUUCAUGCCGACGACGGCAUCAGCGCCCACCGCGCCAUCGCGCCGGCUAUUCACGUCUCGACGACGUUCAAAUACACCCCUAACCCGGACGAACUCCGGGCAGGGGAGAACACUGACCCCAACGCCCCAGGAGACUCACACAUCUACUCUCGGUACUCGACCCCGAACACGACCCGCUUCGAGGCCGUCCUGUCUUCCGUCCUCGGUGGUCCCUCCCUGACGUACUCUUCGGGCCUGUCCGCCUUCCACGCCAUGCUCGUCUACCUCAACCCCAAGCGUGUGGCCAUCGGCGGUGGUUACCACGGCUGUCACGGCGUCAUCCGCAUUCUGACCAAGCUCAACGGGCUGAAACAGCUCGAGAUCGACGAGGCGUCGCUGGACCAGCUUGAGGCCGGCGAUGUCCUGCACAUCGAGACGCCGCUGAACCCCACCGGUGAGGCCCGCAACCUGGCGUAUUAUGCCGAGAGGGCGCACAAGGUCGGUGCGUAUCUCACUGUCGACGCGACGUUCGCGCCGCCUCCGCUGCAGAACCCCUUCGACUUUGGCGCGGACAUCGUCAUGCACUCCGGCACGAAGUACUUUGGCGGCCACUCGGAUAUGCUCUGCGGUGUGUUGUCGGUCAACCCUUCCCGCGCGGAGAAGUGGCUUCCCGAGCUGAUUGUUGAACGGUGCUACAUCGGCAGCGUCAUGGGAGGUUUGGAGGGCUGGUUGGGCGUCCGGUCGUUACGCACGCUCGAGCUGCGCGUCGAGAGGCAGAGCAAGUCCGCGACGAACCUCGUCCGCUGGCUCGACGAGGAGAUCCGCAACAACCCCAGCGGCGUCGUCGGCAGCGUCGUCGACAAGGUCGUCCACGCGAGUCUGCAGAAGGACGAGUGGGUGCAGAAGCAGAUGCCCGGCGGUUUCGGUCCCGUCUUCGCCAUCUGGUUGAAGGACGCCGAGGACGCCAAGAGGCUGCCGAGCAAGAUGGAACUCUUCCACCACGCCACUUCCCUCGGUGGCGUCGAGAGCUUAAUUGAGUGGCGUGCUAUGAGCGACCCUAGCUGCGACAAGCAGCUGCUUCGCGUCAGCAUUGGCGUCGAGGGGUGGGAGGACCUGAGGGAUGAUUUGGUUCAAGGCUUCAAGAAGCUGGCUGAAGAGAAGAAGGCCAGGUCGUAG